CGUGGGACGCUUCCGCCGUUGGCCGCCUACCCUCCCGAUCGUUGGGCCUCCUCUGUGGUCCCUUCAGUGACUGCCUCGUUCCAUCUCACUGCCCUCAGCCUCCUCUCAGGGCGGCCACUUCGGGUGCCACCACCUGCGCCAUUGCCAUCGUCGCCAGUCCGGCUGAGGUAACUGCCCACUGCCAUGUCCACCACGGGGGAUGGAAAUCUGGCCCCUGGCGGGCAGGAAGGCCUAGCAGGUGUGGCGGAGGCGCAGGCCGGAGCCCGCGACGGUGUGGACCGCAGCUCCGAGCCUCGCAGGGGCGACUCCAUGCCUGAGGCUGAGGCGGGUGGAGUCGUGGGGGCCUCAGGAGGCCAGAGGGAGGCGGCCCUGGAGGGCGGGAACGCUGAGGAGGAGUCGGACAUCGGGCCGGCUGAGGAGGAGGAGGAGGAGGAGCAGGCGGAGGGCGUGAACCGCGUGGUGGAUUCACGCCACUUCCCCAUGACCGGCUUCCGCUUAACGUUCCUGAAUCUGAUGCACUCGAUGCUGAACCGUUUGCACAACAACCACGUCCUAGUGCGGCCAAAUGACGACCACGUGCUGGUCUGGCACCAGACCCGGCCGCGCUCGUCCAACCACGGCUCAGCCACCGUGGCCGAGUUCUCCGAUGUCCCGGUGCCAUCAGAUGGACCGGGGGAGGGGCAGGCGGAGGGGCAGGUGGAGGAAGCCCCGGCCCAGGAGGUGGAGCAGGCGGAGGAAGCCCAGGAGGCCGAGGAAGCUGAGGAAGCCGAGGAGGCCGAGGAAGCCGAGGAGGCCUCUUUAUGGGAGACGGCCACCGAGGAGUCUGAGUCCAGCUUGUGGGAGAUGGCACAGGAGCCGGCCGCCCCCGAGAAAACAGCUGAAUGCCAGGAUGAGAACUCCAAAGAAGAGGCGCAGGCCACCAAAAGUGAGGGGAAAGAAAAGAAGUAUAACAAAAAACAAGAAGAACCAGAAAAGGAUCCGGACCCAGCAAAGGACAGGCCCAGAAAGUCCAGUUUGGAAGACUAGAAAGAAGACAGAGAAAGAAGAAAGGAUCCAUUGUUCACUAUUUUUAGAUUUUUCAGAAGCCCAUGGGAAUAUUAUUAACACUGAUUUCAUUCCAAAAUCCAUCACCCAAAAAGCAACUGUCUAAUAACAUCUAAUAAGAAAUCCAAUAUCUAAUUGGCUUUUAUCUUUUAUAGAUAUAUUUGACAGCAUUUGUUCUAGUUAAAACUAAGUUUUAAAGUAGUAAACUGAAGAGUAGAUAGAUUUAUGUAUAAAAAUAAUCCUGAUUUAAAUCUCUUUAAAAAUGAGAAGCCGUUUUACAUCAUUGGAAGGCAUCACAUUCCACCAUUUGAUAAGCCUGUUUUAAAUUCUUUUAUUGCAGCCCCCAAAAAAAUUUGUAUUUAAAACAAUUUUGUAAAGACAGAAAUAGAGGUCAAGGCUUUAGAUCUGAACUUGUUUACUGUACUAGUCACUAGCCAUGUGUGGCUGCUGAGCAUUCAAAAUGGGGCUAAUCUCAGUUGAAAUGUGCUACAAAUGUAAAAAAAUACGGUGUCUCAUUAAUAACUAAUUACAUGUUGAAAUGAUAAUCUAGUAUUAAAUAUAGUAUUAAAAUUA